AUGCUCCUCGUCCCUAGAGUACCCGGCUUCGCAGUCGCUUCCACCUUCAUCUCGCUCGGUGGGAUUCUCAAUGGGUAUCUCUCUUCUGGGCAACGCUUGAAUCUCUUCUCAAACUUCCUAGUCGCGGUUGCGACGCCGGCGUUUCUGGCGCGCAGUGCUUAUGGUGCGUAUUUCCUGUUUGGCUGCUUGAUUCUCUCGACGGUUGUAGUUUUAGCCGCGUAUAUGCCGGCAACGAAAGGGAGGUCUCUGGAGGGGAUGCACGAGGCGUUUAAACAGCCGCCGUGGAGGAGUUGGGCCAGUUUCCUGCGGGGACUGGCAAGUGCGUCGAGUGUGAGCGUGUCUGAGGCGAUGGGUGCUGGAGAAAAUAAUCAAAGUGUGCAGCUCGACGAGCUUUCCCGCGAUAGUGGUGAGGCAAUGGCAUUUGGUGCGUUGGGAGAGGUUGAGGGUCCUGUGAGGAUCCUCACGACUGUCUGA